AUGACAAAUAUUGAGGAUACAAGAGAUUCAAUUCGCUUGUUUACAUCUUAUCUAUAUCGCAAAAUCAUUGAACACGAUUUAACAGCAGAUAAGUUACAAUUCUGGAAAAAUCGGUAUCCAGAUCACAUUCAGAAUAUUAGCAAAUUACUGAAUGAUAUUGACAUCACAUUUGAUAAUCUCAAAAAUGUUGUUUCAGCAUUUGAACAACUAUAUGCUCUUCCUAAUUUUACGUGGAUACAUUCUUCAAUUGACAUAUACUGUCUUAUUUGUUAUAAUCGCGAUUUUGAUAUUCUUAAGAAUAAACAAGAAGAACAAUGUGAUUCAUCUUCAAUUCCUUUCGAUAAUAUUAGUUCAUUUAUUAUUAACAUACACGAUUGCUUAUAUAAACAAAAAUUUCAUUUCAAUAAAUUAACAACACCAUUAUCGAAAAACACAGUCGUAUUACAACAUCUCUGUUCAAUUAUAUCAAAAACUGAAUUAAAACAAGAUGACUGCCAUACAGUUUUUAAUCAGCUUUUUCAACUUCAGCUCACAAAUGAUAAAUAUAAACAACUACAAACUAUACCACAAUUAUCAUUUGUUUAUUAUAUCUUACCUUUUUAUGACCUGAGAAACAACACAUUUCAUGUUAAACAGCAAUCUUCUAUUAUUAAUCUGCCAUCAUCCACUUCCUUACUUUCAAGAGUAGCAACAACAACGUCAACUUUCGAUACACUUUCUUCAUGCCCGAUUUCCAGUUCAAAUUUAGGUUCAGUGACGAUUACGUCACCAAGAACUAUACGGUCGCUACCUACAGUAUUAAAUACCGAUUACAAACAACAACUACCUCAUUCGUUACCUUCUUCGCCUCAGUCAUCAGCAAUACACAUUCAAGAAAAUGUUCUUCCAUCAAUCGCUAAUAUUAAUCGUUACGAAUCAGUUUCGAACGACAAUUUACAACAACAACACAGACCUUUAUCGAAUGAUGAUAAUGAUCCAAUUGAAUUAGAUCGUAUGGAUCCUCCAUUAUCAACUAAUCAACAACGGAGUUCAACAACGCAAUCACCUUUACAACAAUCUACAUCAAUAACAUCAGGUCCACUUCCUCCGGUUUUAACAAAUAUUUUAUCUCCUGUUCAUGUUCCAUUUUCAAUUUUUGAUCCAACGUUUUCGAUUAAUUCAGCAACAACCACAACAUCAGCUUAUACAACAUCAAUUUCUCAUUUACAUGAAAUUCGUCCUCAACGUUUAGUGAGUAACAAAGAUAUACCAUUUACAAAUCGGCGCUGUCCUUGUUCAUAUUGUAACACAUUAAGUUAUAGUAAUGAUCGUCGAUUCAUCGAUACAGGGUGUAAUACUAACUCAAUUGAUACAUCAGAAACUGUAGAUUUUAAAGUGUUAAAUUUAAAACACAAAUAUGAUUACAUCGACAAAGAACGUCCGUGGUUUCAAAUGUCAACGAUAAAUAUUGAUCAAGAUCCAUUAACAACAACACCAAGAAUGGUUCACUCAAUACAACAAACCCAUCUAUCUUCAUCCUCUCUAUCAACAAUGUCAUCGAGAAAAGAAGAUUUACCACCAGAAGUUGUUUUUAGAAAUGAACUUGAUCGUUUAAAACGUUACGAAAAUCACUUUGCAAUACUUAACUCACAUAAGGAACGACGAUCAUAUCCACAAACAUUGUCAUACAUGCCAAAACCAUCGCUUGGAGCAGAUGAUGGCAAUUUUUUAACUGAAUGGAAUUCAAUAUUGAACCACUGUCGACAACAAUUAAUUGAACUGACCAUGAAAUUUAUCAACGAUCAGAUUUCAGUUUCGAAAACCAAAAUUGAAUCUAUAUCAUGUGCAAUCCCGCAUCUGAAAAGAUUUGAAAUUGAGGGCGAAAUCGAUAAAAAAUUAGAAUCGUUUAUUGAAAACUCAUGGUGUAAAUUAAUUCGUCAUACAAUCAACGCAAAAAAAUCAGGAAAAAAUUCAUCACCAUCAUCAUUGAGCAAAAACAAGCUUUCAUUACCUGAUUCGUCAUUUCCAACGAUUAAUCAUUUUCCACCGACAAAAACUACUGUCACAACAACAAAACGGGUAUAUAACAAUAAUAAUAUUAAUCAAAAAAACCAAGAUAAAAAAUCUCGUCAAUCUAAAAAAAUACAUUUUAAUCAAAAUGCCCAACAGGUUAGUCGUUCAACAUCAACUUCUUUGAACCGACAACAACAGUCUUCUGAUAAAAAUCAACAACAGCUACAAACCAAAACAGCAUCAGUUAAUCGACGACAACAAUCAUCCGGAACAACAAACUCGUUUCCAUCUCGUCAAGAUCGUUCAUCGUAUAAUAGAAGAAAUAAUAAUCACUAUUAUAAUAACGAUUAUUCAUAUAACUAUCCUAGUUAUUCUUUUGAUCGAUAUCGAUCAACGUAUUAUCCGUCUUAUUAUAAUAAUGAAUACGAUAAUAACAACUCCUUUUACUAUUAUCGUUCUUCUUAUUAUCCUCGUUACCGUCGUCUACAACAACAGUAUAGAAACAAUCGUUCUUUUAUUAAUAAUCGAUUUAAACUAAAUAGUAGUAAUUAUCCGUAUUACGAUUACGAUAAUAACAAUAAUAGCAAUACUGAACAUCAACAAUGUAACUAUCUUCCCUCGAACUCAUUAGGUUUAAACUCGAUCAAUCAACAGCCACCACAAUCAUAUUCAAAUCAACAUUCUAAUUUUUUUCAACAAGACUCAAAAAACUUGUAUCAACAAUAUCCACAACCAAUUCGUUAUCCACAUACAGCAGCAACACCAACAGUUCAAUCAUUAGCUCCACAACAAUAUCUAAUUCAGCCAUCACCAACUUACUAUCAACCUCAAAUACCACAAACAACAUAUUAA